AUGGCGUCACAGCGCCGCGAUGAGUCGCCUUCUGGUUUAUCAGAUAUUGUCGAGCCGGAUGGUCUUUUAGGGAUCGGCUUAACGAGCCGGCAUAUCGAAGCCUUCGGGAGAAAAGUCACAUCGACUGCAGGGCAUUUGAUGGGACCAAUUACCGAAUCAAGCAACGGCGGGCAUUACCACACUGCCAUGGCCGACAUACAUCGCGAGUUACGGCGGCCGACGACUCAGCGCAAAGUUUUUUCCCUGACACAAACCACUCCGACCGACCUCGUUCGCUCCAAGCUCUCAACAUCUGAAAUUCAAUCGCGCGCCCUCUCUUCUCUGCCCGACGAGCUCCUCGCAAACAUUCCCGAAGACUCUAGCUCCUACUCUCUGUUCGAGGGCUUCAAGGCCACCCAAGACGACCAUGAAUUCAGGAAAGCCCACCGACGGCGCAGCUCCAAAGGGAAGAAGCUGCUGAAGGAUGGCGAGGCGGCCGGGGCUCUUCCAUCAAUGCCGAAGGACUUGAAGAAGGAACGGGACCUGUUGAGCCGGCGGCUGGACCUUAUGGGUGUGCGCAAGAAUAUGUGCAGCUCGGAAAUCCACGAGAUUGACAACAAAAUCGCUAAUCUGCACAACAUGAGGAAAAUCGUGCUGGAUCGGUUGGCGGGGUUAGAGAUGGAAGAGGCGGAGCUCGAACAUGAAUUGACUGAAAUCGACAACAAGCUUGAGGAUAUCCAAGAGGAAGCGCCGAAGACUCCUGUAACAGCUGCAACCCCGAAAUCCUCGGCAGUGAACGAUGACUCGGUCGUUUCGGAAGACGCGGCUAUGGAUGCGUCUUUCAUGUCAGAGUCGAUUUAUCAGAAACUACCUUCACAUUCGCCGAGGAGUCUGAAACAGCGCUCUAUAAGGAAACGCUCGAUGCCUAUCCUACACGAACACUUCGCACCCGGAUCACAGAUCAAGGAAAUGCAAGCCCAUACUGACAUGGUGACAGCUAUUGACUUCGAUUACCCUUUUGGUACGAUGGUGAGCGCCGCUUUGGAUGACACCGUCAGAGUUUGGGACCUUAAUAUUGGCCGCUGUACGGGGUUCCUGGAGGGCCAUAAUGCCUCCGUUCGGUGUUUGCAGGUCGAAGACAACAUUGUCGCUACAGGAUCUAUGGAUGCUUCGGUCAAACUCUGGGACUUGAGUCGUGCUCGGACUGUGACCCGUGACAACCGUCUCAACAAACAUGAAGAGGGUGAAGGGGAGGACGACAAUGCGUCAGAUGCUUUCUCAUUGUUUUCUGCAACCACUCUGGAGGACUGCUAUGUGUUUUCACUCGACGCCCAUGUUGAUGAAGUGACAGCGCUCCAUUUCCGAGGGAAUACGCUGAUUUCCGGCUCUGCGGAUAAGACUUUACGGCAGUGGGAUCUUGUCAAAGGACGUUGCGUUCAGACAUUAGACGUCUUAUGGGCCGCAGCUCAGGCGUCAACCCUCGGGGCUGACACACAAUGGCGCCCUUCGGGACGUCUCCCGGACGCGUCUGCGGAUUUCGUCGGCGCACUCCAGUGUUUUGAUGCUGCGCUCGCCUGCGGUACUGCCGACGGCAUGGUCCGGCUAUGGGAUCUUCGCAGCGGCCAAGUCCAUCGUAGCCUCGUGGGCCAUACUGGGCCCAUCACGUGCUUGCAAUUUGACGAAGUGCACUUGGUGACGGGAAGUCAGGACCGCAGCAUCAGAAUAUGGGAUCUACGCAUGGGCUCCAUCUUCGAUGCGUACGCCUAUGACAGACCAAUCACCAGCAUGAUGUUCGACACAAAGCGCAUAGUCGCUGCGGCUGGCGAGAACGUUGUCAAAGUAUACGAUAAGGCCGAUGGUCACCACUGGGACUGUGGAGCCGGGGUUGGUGCAGAUGAGUCCGGCCCGGCGCCUGCGACAGUCGAGAGAGUACGGCUUAAGGACGGAUACUUGCUCGAAGGCCGCAAGGACGGUACCGUGGCGGCGUGGACUUGUUGA